GAAAGCAAACGAAAAAGAAAAUUUACAACCAGGUAUCACAGUGGCCAAGUGUUUCCAGGGUUUAGGGGUUCUUGCGUUAAUGUGUGGAUAAGGUUGUGGCGAUGGCGUCGGCAUGCUGCGUCCACCAGAUUUCCAGUCUUUCGCUGGGUAGCAAGCUGCAAGAGUUUCAAGAUAGGCGUAGUGGUGCUGCUACUACACAUUCCUCCUCCUCGGCAGUGCUGGGCUCCAGGACAUGGAAGUUUUGCUCGUACAACCAUCGUAGAUUAAUGCUACAGUCGGCACCAACACCGAGGAGUGGCGCUUCUUCCAUCGUCAAGAGCCAGAGACUAGCGGCGGCAGGCAUGGUUAGAACGAUUGCGACUACUCCGGAUUCGGAGGUGGGAGCGUCCGACACCGAGGGAGACUCGACAACUUCGGAGGUAGCCGAGGUCAUUGAUGUGGAAGCGGAGGAAGGAGCUGAAGAUACCGAAGAAGUAAAGAAGAGCUUGAGGCAACCAAAGGUGAAGAAGAAAUCGCUGGUUCACAUUCUAGAGGCACUUCACAAGCAGGCAAUUGAGGAAGCCACAAAGGAUAGAGACAUUCCAGACCUCAGACCAGGAUAUGUAGUGCAGAUCAGACUCGAAGUUCCAGAAACAAAACGCAGGGUGUCUCUCCUUCGAGGGAUUGUGAUAUGCCGCAGGAACAAUGGAGUGAACACGACGUUCACAAUCAGGAGAAUCUUUGCUGGUGUUGGCGUUGAGAUGGUCUUUCCUCUAUACUCCCCCAACAUCAAAGAGAUAACCGUGCUACAAAAGAAAAAAGUGAGACGAGCCAAGCUUUACUAUUUGCGUAAGAAGCUGGCCAGGUUCUCAACCUUCUGAGUACCAUGCUUUUUGAAUGUAAAUUCAUCUCGUCAA